UAGGCGUGCGCUUCUCCGCGGUCCAUUACGGGCGCUGGGCCGCUGCCGGUGUGGUGCUUCCCUCUGCAGUGGGCGCUUCCCUGUCCCAGGCAGGUGCCGGCAGAGGCUGGGGCGGGUCUCUAGGGCGAAAGGGGAAGAGAGGACAGCCUCACACCUCCGGCUGCAUUCGCCCUGCGCCUUCUCCCUGGGAAGAAGAGAAUCUCGCCCUGUCGCGGGUGGAGUUCCCCUGAGUGGCUGACAACCCACGGGGACACGCUGCCGGCCUCAAGGGAAGGGGAAGGAAGGAAGAUAUGAAGGAAAGAGACACCAAGGGCGGCUCUGAAGAAGAAAGGGACUUUGGCUGUUGCUCCUGACCCUUUUUGGUCGGAAAUUGCCCAUGAAUGGCCGCACCGGGGGCCUCGGAAGGAUGGACGAGAGAGCACAGGAGUGACCCUCGGUUUGCUGAGGCCCAGCAGCACAGAUCGCUGGACCUGAGGCUUGCGGCGCUGGGAUUUGGGGGCGCUGCCUCCUGAAUUCGCCUUGCUCAGCCCCAGAUCCUUGGGGUCCACCGUGGUCGGCGUUUCCUCUUUGCACGGGAGGCACUGGACUUUGAAAGGCAGCAAGGCUCUUUCCUCCCGAGGCAGACCACCGACUUCUUCAUCUCCUCCUUCUUCAUUUUCUCCUUCUUCGUCUCCUUCUCGUCCUUCUCCUUCUCUUUUCCUUCUCCUCCUCCUUCAUUUUCUCCUUCUUCAUCUCCUCCUCCUCCUUCUCCUUCUUCAUAUCCUUUCCCUUCAUCUCCUUCUCCUUCUUCAACUCUUUCUCCUCCUUCUCUCCUCCUCCUCCUCCUCCUCCUCCUCCUCCUCCUCCUUCUCCUCCUCCCGCCUUUGCCUCACAGCUGGCGAUGGAGGUCCCGGCGCCGGUGGGUUGCGCGGAGGUCCCUCUGCCCCCCGACUUGAAGGAGCUGGAGAGCAAAGUGGGGCAGAGGCCCCCAGAGGGGCUGCUGCGCUGGCUGCGGGAGGACCCCACGGCGCACCUGCUCCGGAGCAGCCCCGGCCGGGGGUUGCGCCACGGUUUGGGCGAGAAGAUCAAGGCUCUGAAGCUGGAGCUGGCCUGUCUCAGAGCAAUUGAUAUCAAGAUCCUGCAGCAACUAGUAGCAGUGAAUGAGGGCAUAGAGGCCGUGAAGUGGCUACUAGAGGAGAGAGGGAUGCUGACCAGCCGUUGCAGCAGUCUUACCAGCAGCCAGUACAGCUUAGUAGAGAGUCAAGAGACAUCUCGGCGUGGCAGUUGGAACAGCCUUCAGGAUCCUAAUGACAAGUUGGACAGUAUAUCUAUUGGCAGCUAUUUGGAUACCCUGGCUGAUGAUAUGGAUGAAUAUGGGCAAGGAACUUCCAUAGAACCAGUCAUGUCAUCCACUCCAGGCAGGCCACUGGCUAGACCUGAACUGGAAAGUUCAAAGGCUGAGCUAGACAGAACUCUUCCUGCCAAGAGGGACAAAGAACAAGAGAAAAACAAACCCUACCUUGAGAGGGUCCCUAGCUUGGUUAAAAGCCAAACUGAGCCAAAGAGACCCACCGUGCAAUCACCACCAAUGGCUAAUGGCCUUCUGAGUAGACAAGUCCCAGGACUGGAGCAGAGCACUGAGGCUAAAUUACCUUCAUCAGCUGCAGAGCAGUCAAGCAAAGGCAGCCCAGCAGGAAAAUUUUCUAGGAAUAGCAAAGCUGACUUAGAGAACUGCAUGAUCAAAAGCAGGAGGCACUUGGAGUAUGAUGCCCACUGGCAGUGGGUUCAGUCUCAAGAUGAUGUGACGUUCUUGUAGCAUCCAAGGCCAAGAGGUCUAGCUGAGAAUGGCAAGCUGAAGGCCUCAAGGCACUAGUUGUGAGCACUGUUGGCUGUAAGCUUAUAUGUUUCUUGCCAAAAAGGUUGCUUUUGAUGGGGAAUAAACUGGUGGACAGAUGAUAUAUAUAACACAGAGAUUGCAUCAGUUGUUUUUGACAUUAAUCCUCCACCCAACAACAGUCUUGUUUCAGAUGAAACUCCUAUUUUGAAGGAACUAUUGAUCUGCUGUCACUACAUUUGUCAGCCUUAUGCAAUUAGAUUAACUUCCAAAUGUUCUGUGGGUGCUGUGUGGUGAUCAUACACUGCACACCUACAUGAGAGUUGGACAUGUUUACCUUAAUAGCAGCUGAUCACAAUAACAGAGUCAUUAUUGUAAUCAGUGCUUUCAGGAGGAGAAUGUGUUUGUCUAUUCCUGUUCAUAUCACAUGUUUUCCAUGACUUUGGUUUGGAUGAAGGGUUACUUUUUCCCUUUUCACCAGUUCAGUUAUUAUUCAGGAUUUAUAUCCCUUUGCUUAAGAUUUCAGUCCUGGGUUUAAAGAAAGGGUGGAUUGCAAUUAAUCCAACAAUGAAAUCUACCAAUUCACUUGACUUCACUCACCAUGGAAAACAUAUUUUCAGUGGUAAGAAGGCCAGUUCCUAAUUUUGGAACUGAGGGCAGUUGGGUGAACGUGAAUGUAUGUAUGUGCAUAUGGUUAUCAUACUGGCCAGAAUCCUAUUGGUAUCUCAAGCAUGUGCAAAUUUCCCUAUGGAAAGUGGAAUUUUUAUACCACUGACAUGUUUAAGAAUGUACUAACCAAAAAGGACUGUAUCUUUUACUCAUGCCUUGCACUUCAUUAUCGAAUGAACACGAGAAUGAGAAUGUAGUUCUUUAAUUGUAACUUGGUCAUUCUGUGGUUUAUGGUAUAGAGCAGGGCUUCUUAAACUUUUCACUUGGCAGCCCUUUCUUCUCGAGAAAUGUUUAUGCAAACCCAGCUAUAUUAGUGUAUAAAAUAGGUAUAAAAGCCAAACAAUUACUGAUAACAAAUCAGAAUUUUUAUGAAGUACAGCUGAAGCAUUUUCUACAGAGUCCACUGUAAAUACUGUACAACAGAUUCAUGUAAAUGUCUAAAACAGCCAUUAGAUAACAUUCAGAAUCUUUUUUUUUCUGUUGCCAAAUUUUCCAAAACCUAACAUUGCAUUACGAUGGUGGUUCCCAACAUUUAGUCCUCCAGGUAUUUUGGACUUCAGCUCCUACAAUUCCUAACAGCUGGCUGGUAAGAUGGCUGAGAUUUCUGGAAGUUGAAGUCCAAAACACCUGGAGGACCAAAGGUUGGGGACCUCAUUUGAGAUCAGUGCUGACAGUUUAAGAAGCAGUUUUCUAGAGCAGAAAAUCACAUUUAAAUUAAGCUAUAAAGAAUUCUUUCAACUCAUCUGAGUUUUGGAAGGAGGAAUAACACACAUAAAUAAAACCCAGGAUUCUAGGAAAGGUGUUUUUAUAUGUAUAAUACAACCUCUUUAUUGGUAAACUCAAAAUACAUUCUUACAUUUACUCAUACUCUUAAAAAAACUUCCUGAAAGUAUUUGUGGACCUCUCUAAAUCCUCGAGUGCGAUUCUAUGGUAUGCUUCAACCCCAAAUAUAGUCAAAAUAUAGAGUUCCCUAUUGUCUGCAAUUUCAGGUAUCCACAGUGUGUGUGUGUAUGUGUGUUGAAACAUACAGGGCAGUACUGCCCAUAUAGACGGGCUGUUAAGAAACAUUUUGAUUUCAUGUGCUGGUCCAGGUGUCUGGAGACCAAACUGGAGAAUAUGUUAAUUGCCUGGCUGCAAUAAAUGUGGUCAGUUUUAGCAGUGAGCUGAGAAAUCAUGACUGCAGCAGACAGAAAGAGGGAGUUUUCCUUUCUUUUCAUGCUAUGGUUCUGAACCAUCCCAGCCCCAGCUAUUUCCUUCCUGGAGGAGGGAUGGUUUUUAUAUGAAUGUGGCACAUUCCUUGCAAAGCCUGACUUAACCCACCCUACCCUGCCACUGCUGCUGCUUGAUGAAUAGUAAUAAAAUUAUUAAAUUAAUCUUUAAAAUUAGUCAGGUUAAUUGCAAUUUCUGACACAUCCACGGUGGCCUUGUGUUUUCUUUUCCUGAAUGUUAUUUUUGUGGCCUGUUAUGGUUUGCCAUACUUUGUGACAUGAACAAUGUCAUUUACCUGAAGAAUGAUGUUCAAAAAGUGAUUUUUUUUUUGCAAUGGUGGCUGCACUCUUUGACUUGUGUCACUUUACAUUUCAGUGUUGUACCAGUCCGUGCAUCUUCUUUUAUCUAUGCUAACAUACUGGCAUGUGAAUUUUGGAGGGCAAACAGCUUGUUUGUAACAAUGGUGUGGGCCAGUAUGGCUCAUGCAAAGGGUAUGAGAUGUCACAAGCAAUAUUCUCUCUUGCUGAAUCCUAAUACACAGUCACAUUUCAACAAUAAAAUAAUGUUUUUUGCUUCUUUCAUUGAACAUUAAACUUCUUUGAAUCCAGGA